AUGGGCUUGGGACUGAAUGAUGUGCAAGAGGCCGUGCGAGUGUGCAAGCUACACAGCCGCCGGGAACUGUCACUUCUGGAUGACUGGCCACCGAAAAUGAACAAGUUCAUGACGAGAGAAGAAAUUUCUUGUGAUAAGUCCGUUCAGGCAGCAAGUGAAGAGAAAAUCUCCAGUCAACAUCGUCUUCGCUUCGAACGACGCGAAUGCAAAUGA